UACUUUCUUUUCCUGUUUAGUCUCUUUUCUUUCUUUCUUCGAAUAUCGGUCACUCUCACUCUCACUCUCACUCUCGGAAACCUGAAAGCCCGCGGAACGAUGAAGGCUCCCACGACUUGGUCGAUCCUGGCGGCCGCCGCCGCUCUGCACCAAGGCGCCGUCUCGGCACUGAGCGCGGCGGAAUGGCGGUCCCAGACGAUAUACCAGGUCAUGACGGACCGAUUCGCGCGGACGGACGGGUCGACGACGGCGAGGUGCGAAAUGUCGGAUCAGACGUACUGUGGUGGUUCGUGGUUGGGCAUUGCGCAGCAGUUGGAUUACAUUCAGGGUCUCGGUGCGACGGCUAUCUGGAUUUCGCCCUUUGUGAAGAAUGUCCAGGGCAAAUCCCGUGACGGCGAAUCGUACCAUGGCUACUGGGCGCAGGACAUCUGGGAGGUUAACCCACGCUUCGGCACCGCCGAGGAUCUCAUCUUCCUCGCCAAUGCCAUCCACGCCCGUGGUAUGUACCUCAUGGCCGACGUUGUCACGAACCACAUGGCCUGGCUCGGUCCCGGCAAUACGGUUGACUACUCCAUCUACCGCCCCUUUUCCAACGCCUCGGCCUACCACACGCCGCCUUGCGUCAUCGACUAUUCCAACCAGGACUCGGUCGAGAGAUGCUGGCAGGGUACCGACGCCGCUUCGUUGCCGGAUCUUCGCACUGAGGACCCACGCGUGCGCCAGGUUUUCAACGCCUGGAUCAAGCGCGAGGUCAGCCGCUUCGGCUUCGAUGGCCUGCGACUCGACAGCGCAAAGCACGUCGAGCCGUCCUUCUGGCCAGCGUUCGAGGCCUCGGCCGGUGUCGCCGCCUUUGGUGAGGUCUUCCACGGCGACCCAGUCUACGUAGCCCCUUACCAGGACGUCAUGAGCGGUGUUAUGAACUACCCCGUGUACUACUGGCUUACCCAGGCCUUCCAGUCGACGACAGGCAGCAUUUGGAACCUUUCCAAUGGAAUCAAGACGCUCAUCACAACGGCGCGUGACCUGACGCUGUACGGGGGCUUCCUCGAGAACCACGACCAGCCUCGCUUCCUGAACCACACCUCGGACCGCACUCUCCUCAAGAACGCGCUGACCUUCAGUCUCCUUAUGGACGGCAUUCCCAUCAUCUAUCAAGGUCUGGAGCAGGGGUUCAGCGGUGGUGAGACACCGUACAAUCGCGAAGCGCUGUGGCAGACGGGGUUCAACACGCAGUCGGAGCUCUAUCUCUGGAUCUCCAAGUUCGUGUCCCUGCGCUCGACGCUGGCGGCGCUGGAUGGCGGGUACCUCUUUUACAAGUCCCAGCCCAUCCACACGGACGACCACACCAUUGCCAUGCGCAAGGGCUUCGACGACGGGCAGGUUGUGAGCGUCUACUCCAACGUCGGCACCAACCGCACCUACAGCGUGUCUCUGGCCCAGGAAGACACGGGUUUUCGGCCGUGCAAGCUGAUCCUCGAGGUCGUUCAAUGCCGACCCUACGUGACGGAUGCGACAGGCGUGCUGAAGGCGACGAGCGGGAGCGGGGAGCCACUCGUGUUUGUUCCGGCAGACAAGGUCAUGGGGACGGGUAUCUGCGCAGGUGGCAUAGGCAAGCGUCCUCCUCCUCCCCCUCCCCCUCGUCGUCACAAGCCUUCUCCUCCACCUCCACCUCCCUCUGGGACAUCCACCGCAACUGCUGCCCGCUUCUCUACCACGCGCCUCGCUGUUGAGAGUACCGAUUAUAACUUAGAUUCUAUAGGACGUUUUAAUAACAUCACUUUGUCGCCUUGCUUGACAUCCCAGCUUUGA